GAGGAGGGGAACUAGGAGAAGUGUUUGCAGAACACAGAGGGACCCCCCUCCCUCCUUCUCCUCCUCCCCCCCUCCUUCCUUGGAGAGAGGCCUCCCAAACACCCAGCUGCAAGGGACACAGAUCUGCAAAGGACUAUUACAAGGAGUUGGCUGGGGACAGCAGGAAGGAGGGUCAGGGUGUGAGAAGGGAGGGCUGACUGAAGGUAAGCGAAAGUUUCCUUGGUGCAAUGAGUGAAGCUUUGAAAGAGUGUUAAAAAGGAGAGAAAACCAGGGAAGAAGAAAGUCCUAAAGACUAGAGGGUGAAAGAAGAGCAUGUGGCGAGUUGGCACACAGCUGGCAACAAGUAGUGCAACUGAAGAAGCAAACUUAGACAACUAACAAUGGUCUAUGAGCUUGCAAUUAAGCAAUGUGUCCUUUACCCGGGUCAUCAAGAGCUACAACUUGACAUCAGAACCUGAGGACUACAGGAGGACAGCGGAUCUUAACACCAGAACCAUUGGGGGAUUACUAGAAUUAACACAACGCUACUUAUCGUGCAGUGUAGCCAGGAGUUCUUGGCCCUAACGACCAUACGGAACCGAAGAUGUUGGACCGAGGAUCAGUGUUGGUUUGGGAAUGGCAGGAUGAAUCUUUGCUCUGGAGACCCUACAGCCCACAGGUGGCUCAUUACAUCGAGCAGGUGCUACGGGAGACCCCCAGGUCCAGCUCAGUGAGCCUUGGGGAGGCCGAUGCCAGUCUCACCUCCUACAUUCUGGAUCUCAUCUCUAUGAACCAAUUCCGUCUGGAUACAGGUACCCUAUAUCCAGUCAGGAGAGUGAAUUUCCCUCUUUCAAGUGCUCCUGGGAGGGGCAUAGUGUGGGAGUGGGAGGAGCUUCCACGUCAGUGGCUCCCAUUUGAAACAAGACUUUCAAUCUUGAUCCAGGAUGCUCUGGAGAGACAGCAAACGGGUGUGCGCCUUGGGGUACCCUGCAAUGGAUCUCAUAUUUGCUUUCAGACCAUGACCCAAAUAGAAUUUCCUUCUCAGAAGAGGAUUAGAGUCAGAGCUCGAGCCCAGAUGCCUUACCCAAAAGCUGCCAUGAAAUGUCCUCCAGCGUACCAUGUUGCCUUACCCCUAUAUAUUAACGCUUGUUCAAAUUCCAAACAUGGGUCCUUAACAGCUCAACAACAGACUGUUGGCACCAGCCAUGGACUAUUAAAUUUUAACCAAGAGCUUGUUAAUGGUAAUCAUGGACUAUUAAACACCAGACGAAGAACCAUAAGCACCAAUCAAGAAAAAAUUAACCAAGGUCUGGCAAAUGCCAAUCAAGGACUUUUGAACGUCAACAGAGGGCUGCCAAACUCAAACCAAGGACUAAUGAACUCAAACCAAUUUUUAGUCAACUCCAAUCAUGUACCCAUGAACACCCACCAGAUAACAGUAAACUCUAGACAAGAGCCAUUGUGCUCCAGUUAUGAGAUGGUUGAUUCUAGCCUCAUGCUGCAAAAUUUAAGUCAUGAGCUUUUGAAUGCCAAUCAGAUCUCAGUGAACUUUAAUUCUGGAGCAGUGAAUUACAGUGCUGAUCCUAUAUCUUCUAAUCAUGGGAUUGUAAAUUCUAAUGAUGCAUUAGUAAACUAUAACCAAGACCUAAAAGAUCGCAGCCAGGAACUUAUUAAUUUUGACGCUAAUGUGAUUCUGCCAAACUAUGGACCUUCUUCUUACUGUGAAACUACUUCAAAUGAUUCUAGUUCUGAAUCAGGGAGUCCAAACUCAAUGUUGCUUGACUCGGACAUCAGCCCACAAUGGGCCGCUGUACAACAUGACAGUAACAUUUAUAAUACUAGCCCUGCAUUAGCAAGAUCUAUUUCUAGGCAGUCAAAUUCAAGAACUGGGCUACCAAGGUCAGAAUCAAGAUGCAGAGACUCAAGACCUGAGCUAGCAAGAUCAGAAUCCAGGCCCGGAGACUACAGACCAGCAUUAAGUAGGGCUAACUCAAGACCAGAAGAACACCAAGUUGUGAUACACAGGUCCGAAUCUAGGCCUGCAGAAAGUAGGCCUGUAUUGCUGAGAUCGAAAUCUGGGCCUAAUGACUACAAAUCUGGAUUUGUGAGGUCAAAUUCUAGACCUGGUGAGCCUAAACCUGGAUUAGUAAGGUCUGACUCUAAGUAUGAAUUUUCUGCAUCUGAAAUUAGACCUUCUGACUUUAGACCUGCACUAUCUAGAUCUAACUCCAGGUACAAUGAAAUCAGGCCUGCCUCAGUGAAAACAGACUACAGAAAUGUAGCAUGUAGGCCAGGAUAUGUAAGGUCCAAUUCUAGACCUGAAGAUAGUAGGCCUGAACUACUUAGGUCUCAAUCAAGGUCCACUUCUACUGACUCCAAGCCAAGUUCAACUAGCCCUCACCAUAGAAUCAGCCAUGAAAAGCCUAAUUUAGUUGGCAGAAGUAUUUCCCGUUCAGCUUCACUUAGAGGGAGUAGGAGCCCUCCUCCCUGUGCUUGCCCACAGUGUCUUCUAGUGCAGAGUGUGAAGUCUGCUAGCUGGCCAGGGCGCCAAUUGGACAGCAGACCAGUCAAAGCUCAGCAUCAUGACAGCCAGCGAUGUGAGAAAAGUAAAGGUCUCGCUAGGGUGCCUCCAGUGCCUCUCAGUAACAUAGAAGGCUCAGGAAUGAUCCCACCAGCCCUAGCAGGUAUUAGCGGACUUCUCAUGAGUGCCGCAGGACUUCCUGUUUGUCUAUCCAUUCCUGCUACCCCAAUAUUUCAUCCACCACCAGUAAAGAAAAGGGCCAUCCGACCAGUACCUGGAAUCGAAGGGAGCAGCCGGAAGAUAAGCAACAAAAAGAGUAAAAAGCCAGAGGAGAUGAUCAAGCAAUUCCUGCAAAGGGUGAAGACUCCAUUGGCAGAGGACUGUGCUCUGUGCAAUCAGCCAAUGACAGAUGGAGAAGUGGGCAGAUUGUACCGUUGUAGCCAUGCCUAUCAUGUUCGCUGCCUGGCACCUCUAUACAAGGAUGGCACUUUGCGCUGCCCGACAUGUCAGACAUUGUACGGUGUGAAGAUUGGGUCUCAGCCUGCAGGGAAAAUGUCUUUCCACAUCAUUCCUCAUUCCUUGCCUGGAUAUUCUGAGUUUGAGACCAUACGCAUCAUCUACCAUAUUGCUCCUGGAGUACAGGGUCCAGGUCAGCCCCAUCCAGGGAUGAAGUUUACUGCUCCAGACUUCCCUCUUCACUGUUACCUCCCUAAUACAAAGAAAGGAAGAGAGAUACUGCUUCUCCUAAUAAAGGCCUGGGAGCGACGCCUCCUCUUCCCUAUCCUCCCAUCCCGAGUCUCUGGUGUCCUGGAUUCUGUCUCAAUCUCCCGGAUUCCCCUCAAGACCGAGUUUGGCUCUAACGUCACUGGAAAGGGCUUCCCUGAUUCUCGUUAUCUGGACAGUGUCUUGCGGCAACUACGGGACUGGGGGGUGUCAAGUGACUGACCCAAAGUGAUUAUUGACUCUUGACAUACCAGCAUAGUUUGCUUAAAAUUGUUCCAAUGGUUACAUUAACCAGUCACUCCUCUCAUAUUCUGUUCUCUGCUUUUAGUGCAGAAAAAAAGUAUUUACAUUUGUAUAUAUAUUUCUGUGUUUGUACAUAUUUUCCUUUACUCAGAGAACAGGUUCUUUGCAGGUUCUUUGAUCACUUAAAGCACUUUUUUGGUGCAUUAGCUCACUAGUUAAAGGUCUCAUUUUUUUUUAAAGAAGUAAUCUAAACAGGGGCAGAAGAACUACAGAUGUGUUAUUCCUCCUCCCCAGGGCUGGCUCCAUGGGGAUUAAGCAUACCCCCUACUCAGGGUCAGAAGAACCACUAACUUGCUAUGCCUACUCUCUAGUGCUGGUUGCAUUGACUUACUAUGGCUGGUUACCCCAACAGUUCCCCCUCUAUUGCAGCACAGAGGCAACAAAGUCAAGAUGGUCAUAACAGCCUGACUCCAGCAAAAACCUUUUUAAUAUGAGAUUUAAUGGGCAGAGGUCAGAAUCUCUGUUAGUUUUUUAAUAUCUUUAGCACUGUAGAGUUUUUACCACAUUUUAUGUUGUGACACAACAUCACCUGAAGAGGAAGUGAAGGGAAACCUUCUAAUUGGGAACAUAGAUGGCCAGAAAAAAAGUUAUAACUCAUCCUCUUCUUGCACUGGAGUUUUUCUUUCUGCAAUUGAGAUUUCACUUUAUAUCCUGUUCUGUCUUACACCUAUCAAAAACCACAGGAAGUGAGGCAAAAUCUCCAAAAUGGAGACACAGACAGCAAUAGAAAAUAACAGAAGUGACAAAGUCCAAACCCUGCUAAAGACACUUUGAUGGUUCAGAGCACACAGUGAUGGGUCUGUCAGAGCACACAGUGAUGGGUCUGUCAGCACUGGUUACAUCACAGACGUUGAAGGAUCAAGAAGCCGUGACAUCAAAAACACAUGGCUGGUGUAAACCGGGCACUUAAUGGAAAGAUGUGGGCAAAUGCUCCCAAGAAAAGUUAAAAAAUAAAAUGGAGGCUCCUAAAAAGCUUCUGAUGAAGGAAUCUUGUAAGGCGGUGCCCUGGAUAGUGUGUGAUGGUAUGUGUGAGACAGAUGUGACUGGUGCUGAACAGGGGCCCGGUCUAUGUGCGCCACUGGCUCAGACACUCUUUGUGGCCUUCCCAACACAACUCCAGCACAAGACUCUUAUUAGCUGGAUUGCUGCUGUGCCUCCUCAUAUUUUCAUAACUGUCAAUAAAUACUCAUAUUCCAGCUGAAGGGAUGAGGUCGAUCUUAGCACUGAACCCAGAAAAGACCCCUCUGGAGUUUUUUUUCUCAUUUAGCAGCAAAGUGUAGCAGAGGGCAGAGACCAGUUACUUGGUUGCAUUUGCCCCUGCUUUUACUGUGAGCAGUAUUUUGAGUAUGCCUAGAAACCUGCAAAGAAUUUGCACCUGAUGUUCGUCUGCUAGUUAUCAACCCGUCUCUAGGAGAUGAAUAUUUCACUACUGCAAUUGGUUUAUUUGUUUAGAACCAAACAAUAUAUGCUAGUUAGAACAAUCCUGCAGGAGAUUGAAAAUUUGAAGCAGUGAGGUCUCAUCUUUUUGUUUCCAGUUGUGCAUCACUCAGUGACAGGCUUAGUGCCAAUAAAGGGAGUUCCCUUUCUUCUGCUACAUUCUUUGUAAUGCAACUUGAAGAAUCAAAGUGAAAGAGUGACACCGCUGCCCGUGGAAAGUGAGCACAGCUGGGAACUUAAGUCAUAAUUUUAUGGGCACCCCUCAUGGCUGGUGGGUGGAGCUGAGAACCCCCAAAGUUAAUUAGUAACAAAUUGUCUUUGAAGAUAUAUUUCCCACCUAAAUAAUAGGUGAGCAGGAAUACCCAAAACUAAUAGAGUCGGGAAGUAUGUCUUGGGGUCUCAAGUAUUGAAGCAACUAAGAUAUAUAAGAAACAAGGGACUGGCUCAGAUGAACAGGGUCCACUUAUAAAUAAAAUACCUUUUUUUGGGUGAACCUACCCUUUAUGGUUUACAGAGUCUUUCAGGUUGGCCCUUUCUCUUACAUGGAUGAUGGUAAAAUUGGUUGAGCAAUCAGAUUUUAUUCGGUAUGGCUCUCCUGAUGAUAGAACCUUUAAUAAACAUGUGUCACGUUUGAA